UCCGUGAUUGUUAUUUCUUAUUACUGUUAUGCGAAUUGAUGCGAAUAGACAAUAGUGGCAAAUGAUGAUGUAGUAGGUGUAGGAGGGAAUACAAUAAAUAAAUGAUAAAAAAGAACAUAGAUAAUUUAUUCAAAUGAAAUAAGAAUCCGUCGUUUCUAAGAACAGUAGUUUUAAUAUUUCGGAUGCAACAAGGAAGAAUAUGUAAAGUAUAAAAAUAACGUUUGAUCAUCAUAUUCACUCUUUAUUCUUUGUUGCCGUAUGCCGAAUUGAAUGAAAUAUAAUAAAUAAGAUGAAUUUUGGAACGGAUUGGGACGUUGAACAUCGACGUAUUUUGCUGGAUGGAAAUGCAGCAUUAGAACGUUCGGCACUGUCGGUCGCAAGAUCGCAAGUUGUCGCAGCAGAGAAUGAGCAAAUUGGUACAGAAGUGAUCUCUGAAUUAGGUGAACAAAGAGAUUGUCUCUUGCGCGCAAAAAGGAGAUUGUCACAGACAGAUGAGGAAUUGAAUAAAGCGAGAAAAAUUCUGAAUGUUAUGCGACUAAAGGUUUUGACAAACAAAAUUGUGCUAAUCUUGAUUAUUUUAUUGGAAUUAGUUAUUCUUGGUAUAAUUGUAUACUUAAAAUUUUUUCAUAAAUGAGUUGCCUGUUAUUAAGCUUGAUAAAACCACAAGAGGAAAUAAUACUGUACAUAAUAC